AUGGCCUCCUUUCUCAAGUUCGCGGCUGCUGCUGGUCUCUUGAUCGCCUCCGCAGGUGCUGCUCCAUUCAGCCCGGUGCGCUCUACAACCUUGCAGAAAAGAUCCAGUAGCAAGGCCGGUGCCGCUUACAACGAUAUUUCUCUCGUCUCGGCCCUGUGCGGCGAAUCUAGCGGUAUCUCGUGGGCUUAUAACUGGGGCAGUUCAAGCGAUGGCAACUUGCCUUCUGGUGUCGAGUACGUGCCCAUGCUCUGGGGUACCGGCAGCCUUUAUGUCGACGGAUGGACCUCUAAGGUUGAGGCUGCCAUUGCAGGUGGCAGCACCUACAUCAUGGGAUUCAACGAGCCAGAUUUGCCCUCUCAGGCCGACCUGAGCGUCUCCGAUGCCGCUGCACACUAUAAGCAGUAUCUCACCCCCUACGUUGGUCGAGCGAAGCUAGUCAGCCCUGCUGUCACUUCCUCUUCCAGCGCCGGUCAAGGUCUCAGCUGGUUUGAGUCUUUCAUCAGCGAAUGCUCUGACUGCGGCGUGUCAGUUCUUGCUGUCCACUGGUAUGGCAACUCCGUGUCUGAGCUCCAGUCUUUCAUCACCCAAGCGAUCAGCACCGCCUCCAACCAUGGUAUCUCCGAGGUCUGGCUUACCGAAUGGGCCCUGAGCUCCGACGCGGGUGGCAUCUCAGAUCUAUCUACUGCUGCUGCCUUUAUCCAGGAAGCUGGCGCAUGGCUCGAUGAGCAAUCUGCGCUUACACGCUAUUCCUACUUCUAUGUCGCCAAUGGCUAUUUGCUCUCGAAUGGCGUGGUAAACUCUGUUGGCGCGGCUUACGCAUCUGCGGCUUCAUCUUCAACUACCUCUUCGUCCUCAUCCUCUUCAUCCUCCUCGUCAUCUUCAUCUUCAUCUUCAUCCUCAUCCUCAUCCUCAUCGUCGAGCACAACAUCUACUACAUCCACAUCGACCUCUAUCUACGUGGCUCCCCCCACGGCUACUGCAGCUGUCGCCUCUCCAAUAAUCGAUACCAACAACAAUGUCGCCUCGGAGACGCCCACAGAUGCAUACGCUGCUGCGACUACGGCUGCACCUACAGCUGCACCUACGGCUGCGACUACGGCUGUGCCGACCCCUACAACGCUAACAACAACAACCGUCACUAUCAAACAGACCGUGACGGUGACUACAGGUUGCGUGCCUACCCCGCCACCCUGUCCAGAACCCUAG